AUGAUCUAUAUUGACAAUCAACUGGUGAAUGUAGAGCCUUAUAGUAUAUCCAAAUAUCUCAGUGAAGCCAGUCGUCCUGUACCUGCCAGCAAAUUAUCAUUAGGCGGUUUGGAAUCUCCCAAUGUGUUUAUUGAAGAGUGGUCAACAGAUCAGUUUAUUACACUUGACUUUAACUUGAUUGAGAACUAUAUGGAUAUCUUCUUUAACCAUGUGGAUGGCUAUUAUCGACUGCGGAUUGUUUAUGACACAUCUUUGGCUGACAAUGUCGUCUUACAGCGUUACGAUAAUAUGACUUCGCUAACCAUCAGUGGUAAUUACCCAGCUUAUUAUUGGCGAUCCAAAAAACCAAUGCAAAAAUUAACCCAUACAUACUACCUCAAGGAUUGGGAAAGAGUGACUGAAAUUCCUUUGGAUGAAUUCUCACUGGAUCUGAUAAGACACAAGGCAACUAACAGCCACAAGGGACCUAUCUUGCCCGGUGGACAAUACCCAAACCACCUAAUGAAACUCAAUAUGUGGACAGUCUAUCGCCUUGAGUUUGAGAUCCCCUUGAAAUCAGCCAAACAAUUUAUCCAUGCGCCACUUUCACCUGACAAUGUGACCCAUGAAGCUCUGGAGCGAGAAUUAGCAUUGGCCAUUUCAAGCAAAGGAAUGCUUCGACCACGCUAUUUGCCUGAUCGUAUCCAUGUCCGUUCAGCUACCAAAUCGAUCCAUAUCGACUCCUUUAUUUCAAAUCUACCGUUUGAAGUGAUGUACAUGAUGGAGCAUGCUUUUAACCUAAAGAUAUUGCGUGAAUACAAUGUAGAUGGUGACUUUUUUGAUAAGAUAAGAAGCCUUCCUACUCAUGUCUGUUGUACAUUGCUGACACUGCUGGCUGCACCUCAAAAACGUAUUUACCAUCCUGAAGCAGCAUUAAAUGAAGCAUACAAGGUCAGCAAAGAAAACCUGAAUUUUGAGCAGCCUGUGCCCGAGAAUUAUACGACUGUACGUCGAUUGCUGGUCACACCGACAUCUAUGUAUCCAUUGCAACCUACAGUGGAACCCAUGAACCAUUUACAGUAUCGAUUCAAGGCAUAUGCAGAUCGGUUUUUAUAUGUACAGUUUACAGAUGAAGAUCUUGCGCCUAUUGUGCCUGUACAGAGUGCAGAAGAUGAACCAUGCGAGACUCAGAAUGAUAGGAUUUAUGAACGCAUUUACGCUAUACUCAAAAGAGGAUUGCAGAUUGGAGGAAGAACAUACGAGUACUUAGGCUCUUCAGUUCAGCAAUUGAGAUCGCAUGGUUGUUGGUUUAUUGCUCCUAUCCAUGAUUUUACAAGAACACGCUUAUUGAAUUCAAUGGGAGACCUGAGAGAGAUUGAAACAGUCGCUGUAUUUUCGAGUUGCAUAGGCCAGACAUUACAACCAAGGUUAUGUCAUCUGGAUCUUAACCCAAGUGAAAUUGAAGAAAUUGAUGACUACUAUAACAAUGGGUUUGACUUUGCACCUGAAUGUGGCAAAAUGUCACCUCAAGUGGCAAGAGAGAUUUCGAGUCAACUGAACAUGAACUAUACUCCUUCUGUGGUCAAAUUCAAUCUGGCUGGUGCAAGAGGUAUCCUUGCCGUCUCUAAUUACUUGACAAAGCGUAAAGUACAAUUGCGUACAUCUCAAAUUCGAUUCAAUAGUCCCAAUGUAUCUUUGGAAAUCAUCAAGGUAUCCAAACCCAAUCGAGUCUAUUUAAACCGACGUUCCAUCUUGCUGCUGUCUUCUUUAGGUGUUCAAGACUACAUUUUUCGUCAAUUGAUGAGCGAAGAAUUAGCUUAUUGGGAGAAAUACAAGAGUCGAAGUGAAGAUGUGUAUUAUAGCAUUCUGAAUGAACAUUUUUCUUCUGAUCGCAUGAGUGAUUUCCAACGUAUUUCGGACAGUAAAUUCCUGGAAUACCAUGAUCCUUUUAUCUCCAAUUUGGCCAUUUCAUUUCAAAAUCACUUGUUAAAGGGGUUGAAAGAAGACUGUCGUCUGUUUAUCUUUAAAGGUGCGCGCGUGUUUGCUGUUAUGGAUGAAACUGGCACACUGGAGCCGGGUGAAGUCUUUUUGCAGUUAUCUGAUCCUUCAGAAAAGACACUCAAGAGAAGAGUGAUAGAGGGUCCUUGUGUGGUCUAUCGUGAUGCUUCUUGUUCUCCUGGGGAUGUCCGUGUGGUCAGAGCCAUUGCUAGUCGUUCUAAGCUUCGUCAUUAUUGCAAUGUGCUGGUCUAUUCUGCUUUUGAUCAAAGAGACCUGUUGAGCCUGUGUUCUAAUGAUGAUGUGGAUGAUGAUAAUGUCACUCAACUCAUAAUGAUUAGUGUGAUUUGGGAUCGUCGAUUAUUGCCUAGAAGAGUCAAUCUAGAGCCUAGAAAUUAUACACCGAAAGUGACGCCCAAGACAUUGAAAAAGAUCACAUUUAAAGAAAUGGCCAAGUUCUUUACUACCUAUAUAUCCCAAGACACAGGCUAUCUACUGAAUAAUGCAUUUAUCGCCAUCGCCGAUAGACAAAAAGACGGUAUUCUUAAUGGUGAUUGUAUUUAUCUUUCACAACAGAUAUGUCGAGCACUGGAUUUUGCAAAAACUGGUGUGUACGCUCCUAUCAACCGAGAAUUCCGUCGGUGUCCUUACCCAGACUAUAUGGAAAGAAACUUUUAUCGUACAUACAAGUCUCAAACCGUUGUAGGCGCCCUUUAUCAAGACACAAAAGGCUGUCAAGAAAAACUCUUAAUUCGCAACCAUUGCCAUUAUGACCGCCGAAUGUAUGUGGAAAACAUGUAUAAAUACAUUCUCGAUGCUCGUAAACUAAAGGCUACAUACGACCAUAGUCUUCGUAUGCUCUUGGCUCGUUAUUCUGUCAAGACAGAAGUUGAAUUUAUCUCGGGUCAUAUCAUAGACUGGCCAAAGUAUCUCGGUAUAGACCAACGUGCAGCAUUUCUAGAGCGCAUCAAGGAUGCGUAUGCUCAGUUUAGAAAGUAUUGGAGGCACAUGUUUGAAGAGCCUUUAAUUCAUGCUGUUGAAGAAGCAGAAUUGACGACUGAAAUUGAGGCCAAAGCAGCUGCUUGGUAUUAUGUCACGUAUCAUCCUUCUGAAUACAAGAAUGAUGUGAUUUAUAACCUGACUUUGGCACGCUUCAUCAGUUUCCCUUGGGUUGUGGAUGACUUUAUUUCUCAUAUUGCACUCAAAAAUGAUACAAGACAACCUUCACCCGAACAAACACAGGCUAUACCCCAAGAGAAAAUCAGAAUGUAUCAAAACAAUGUUGUUAUCAGCGAAUCUGAAGACGAAGACGAAGACGAAGACGAAGACGAAGACGAAGACGAAGAUGAAGAUGAAGACAAAGAUAAUGAAAAAGAGGUGAUAAAACAAGACAUUAGUCACUCAGAACGAACCAUGAACACACAACAAAACGAAGAUGAUAUCCCUGAAGUCAAUAUCAAACUAGUAGAUGUUCUUCGCUUAUAA